UUCAGUGAACUAAUUCGGCAAUGCAAAUGCGGCAUCUAAUACUGUUGAGUUUAGCGUUUCUGGCCAUAGUCGCCUUCAGUGAUGGAUACAAAAUUCUGUUUUUGGCUCCGUUUCCCGGCCCCAGCCAUUGGCUCAUGAUGAAGCAUUUUAUUAGCGAACUAGCGGGCCGUGGCCACGAGGUGACGUGUAUAACCGCGUUCCAGUACGGAGAACCAGCGCCACCGAACUACACCGAGGUCUAUAUCGAUCCACCGUACCCUAUCCGCAAGACUUUUCCGGUGGAGGCGCUGUUCGCCGCUAGUCAAUCGAGUGACUUCGAGAAGCUGUACAUGUACUGGGAUCUGGGUGUUAAUACGAGUCGCCAUGGGCUCGAGUCGGAUCCGGUGCGUCAGUUUAUCGCUCGGCGCGAUCUGACCUUCGACCUGAUCAUCGCCGAACAGUUCUUCCAGGAGAGCUGGCUCAUGUUCGCGCACCAGUACGAUGCCCCAAUUGUCACUAUCAGCACCUACGGCUAUUCGGAUUUCUUCGAUCGCAUCAUGGGUUUACGUACAUCGCUUUCCUUCGUGCCGCACAUGAUCUUCUCCUACGAAGAUGAUAUGUCUACCUCCGAACGUCUGCACAAUCUGUAUAUUUCGAUGUAUGAUGCGUACUACCGGCAGAACUAUUACCUACCAAAGCAGAACCGAAUAGCUCAGAAGGCGUUCGCGGAUUGGGCCAGUGAGACGGGCCGUGAGCUGCCGGAUAUCGUGAAUCUGGAGAAAUCAAUUUCGGUCAUUCUCGUCAACAGCCAUCCGGUACUAAAUCGUCCACGGCCUACAAUUCGUGGACUGGUGGAUAUCGGUGGAGCGCAUAUUCGCCCGGUGCAGCCGCUCGACCCGCAGUUGCGAGUAUUCAUCGAGGGUGCGGACGAACACGGCGUUAUCUACUUUUCGCUCGGUGCCUACAUGCAAAGUGCGGUCAUGCCGGCUGAUAAACGGCAAGCGAUCCUAAACGUGUUUGGCUCGCUGCCACAGCGUGUUAUCUGGAAGUUUGAAGAUGAAAGCCUACAGAAGAAGGCACCACCGAACGUGCUGAUACGAAAGUGGGCCCCUCAGAACGAUAUUCUGGCACAACCGCAAGUGCGCCUGUUCAUCUCGCACGGUGGCCAGUUUGGAACGUUCGAGGCAAUGAAACACGGUGUACCAACGCUGUUCUUUCCCUUCUUUGCCGAUCAGCAGCGCAACGCGGAUCGUGCAAUACUGGCCGGAUUCGCGGAGCGAAUGAAUUUUGCCGACAUCACGGAGCAAACGUUCGCGUACAAAAUACGGCGUAUGCUCGAGAACGAUCAAUACAGGGAGAAAGCCCGGCAUAUCGCCACGCUGUUUAACGACACGCUGGUGGAUCCGAUGGAGUCGGCGAUCUACUGGAUUGAGUACGUUGCCCGGUAUCGGGGUGCACAGCACCUCAAAUCUCACGCAGUCAAGCUGACCUGGCUCCAGUACCAUAUGUAUGAUAUGGUCAUAUACCCUUUGCUUCUAUCAUACAUUAUCUACAUUUUGUACGGCCAGAAACUGAGGAGGAUGCGAAAAUAUUUACCGAUUGUUUUUGCCAUUUGUGUUAAACUUUUCUUCCUGUAUAACAUGUAUGAUAUGAUCAUGUACUUUGUGCUUCUUUUAUGCCCUCUCUAUAAUGACUACUGGCCUAAAUUUAAGAGGUCGCGAACAUAUUUACAUGUUGUUUGUGUCAUAUGUGCUUUAUUUUAUCUCCAAGGUUAUGAACCGAUUGAACCGAUUCGAAAAUAUCUUUUGCUAAGCAAGCAUUCAUAGUAGCAUCAACCAUCACUGGACCAAUCCUUUUUAAAUUUUGAACACUUGAUCUGCAUUUUAUUUGCCUCAGCCUUUUGCAGCGUCAAGUUUCAUUGAAUAUAUAAAAUAAAUGAAAUUAAAAAAGACGGAGAUACAAGAAAUACUUGUUCCUUGAAGUCUGUUGAAUGUAACUUUUACGGAAAUAAAUAAAAUCUGAUGUUUCAUCUCAAAAAUGUUAGCUCUCUAUAACGAAACGCUUCUUUCGCAGUUUUUGCUACUUUCCGCCAAACAAUGCUACUA